CUUCUAUGCCGCGUAGGUUGUGUAUUAUAAUCAAAGUGAUUAUCUACAACUUGUCUACUACUGCUAAUCAUUCCGAUUUCUGAUUCCCUGCUCCCCUCCUCACAGGCGUUUGCUCUCGGGUAGAGUCCCGCUCUUUGCAGCUUAGACUACCUUUCUUAAAGCAAGUCUUCACUUCUUUUCUACUAGAUUUAGAUCUACAGAUUAGAGUUCCAGUUGUGGAUCUUUUAGCUGAAGUUGAGCCUCACGUAUCAACAGAAAGACAAGAUUCUACUUACUUAGUUCAUCUUUUCACAUCUAAAAAAAAAAAUGGCACCAGCAGCGAUGAAGAAGAUGUCUGCCAUGAAGAUGGCGAAGAUGUCUGCGAUGAAAAAGAUGUCGGUCAUGAAGAUGAUGUCGGCUAUGAAAAAAGCUCCCGCGGCUCCGAUGAAGAAGAUGUCCGCUAUGAAAAUGGCCUCUCCGAUGAAGAUGAUGUCUGCAAUGAAAAUGAUGUCCGCGAUGAAGAUGGGUUCUCCGAUGAAGAUGAAGGUGAAGCUGGUUGCCGUGAAGGGCGCAAAAGAGUUGCGCCAGGUGCACCAAACGGCCAUUGCGGACGCAGCUGCGGUCGCUGCACGCAAACAGAAAUUGCGCGCUGCGUUCCGCCAAGUCGCGCAAUUGGCUUCGGCGAGGUUGGCACGCAAGGAUCGCCUCCGCCAAGUCUUCAAGGAAGCUGCGGCGAAGGCUGUCGCAGAAAGGAUGCAGAAGUAA